GCUGCUGGCGGGGCUGCGGACAUCAGUUCAGUGAACCAAGCGACCUGAUGAGGAUUGCCGUGGUCUUCUUGUGUGUGGCCCUGAUGGCCGUGGUCGCCCACGCCUCGCCGGGCCGGAGGUACGGCGGCGGCGGCGGAGGUGGAGGCAAGAGCCGGGGAGGCGGAGGCGGCAGGAGCUACGGAGGAGGUGGAGGAAGCAGGGGUGGUGGAGGAGGAGGAUAUGGUGGAGGAGGAGGAGGAGGAGGUGGAAGAAAGAGUGGUGGUGGAGGCGGAGGAGGAUAUGGUGGAGGAGGAGGAGGAGGAAGAAAGAGUAGUGGUGGAGGUGGAGGAGGAUAUGGUGGAGGAGGAGGAGGAGGAGGAAGAAAGAGUAGUGGUGGAGGUGGAGGAGGAUAUGGUGGAGGAGGAGGAGGAAAGAGUGGUGGUGGAGGCGGAGGAGGAUACGGUGGAGGAGGGGGUGGAGGAGGAAAGGGCGGAGGUGGAGGAGGUAGCAGGUACGGCGGAAAAUGAAAGAACCACAAAGAAUUGGCGAGCAAAGAAUUGUCCGUUCCUCCUCCCUCCCCUCCACGGCUCGGCUGCGUCCCGGCUUCCCCGGCUUCCCCGGCGGCCCGGCGCCGUCCUGGCCGUUUCACGGCUUCCCGAUCCUGAUACCAUUCCUGCACAUACAUGCACAUUCCCAUCUUCAUUCUAGUGUAAGAGCAUAAACUUUCAAUAAAUUAUUUGU